AUGGGACCGCAGCAAGGCGUGCGUGCGAGUCGGCGCGUGGCGGCUCACACGCGGCUGCUCGUUCUCCUCUGCCUCGUCCUCGCCGCAUCUGCCGCUCGCACAGCUGGUCACCGCGGCUCUGGACGUCAAUGGGGUGAAGCGCAGGGAUUAGCAGAAGCAGAAGCGCAGCAGCCAGCCAAGGCACCGCGAGUAGCACCGCAGCAGCUAGGCACACCGCCAUUGCCUAAGAAGGGAGAGGAGAACGGUGCUGGAGAGGGGGAAAGGGGGGGAGAAGGAGAGAACGAAGGAGAGGGGGUGAAGGAGGGAGAAAGCGAGAAGGAAGGAGAGGAGGAAAAGGAAGGAGAGGAGGAGAAGGAAGGAGAGAACGAGAAUGAAGGAGAGAGCGGGAAGGAAGGAGAGGAAGAGAAGGAAGGGGAGGAGGAGAAGGAAGGAGCGGGGGAGGAGGAAGGAAAAGGGGAGAAGGAAGGAGAAGGCGAGAAAGAGGGAGAGAGGGAGGAGGAGGAGGAGGGGGGAGAGAAGGAAGGAGAGGGGGCGGCGGAAGGAGAGGGUGAAAUGCGAGAGGGAGAGAAUGAAGGGGAGGAGGGGAGAGAGGGAGAGGGGGAUAAAGGAGAGCCUGAAAAGGAAGGAGAUGGGGACAUGGCGGGGAAGGCAGCAAAAGACUCAGAGCAGGCUGAUGCGCUGGUAACCCUAUCGCAAGACGUGCACGAGGCAGCAGAUCUGCCAGAAGAUUCCCAGAAGGUGCUGCUGGGCGGCAUGGGGGCGGCACUGGUAGCAGCCAAGAUGUGGCCGUGUAACCUGUUUGGCGGACGGGCGGCAUGCCGACCAGUAGCAGGCAUUGGCCGGGGCAAUGGAGCACCGAAGACGGGAACAGGAGGGGCAAGAGGCGAGGAGAAAGAGGAGAAGGAGGAGGGGAUUGUGAGUGUGGGGAUGAUGCAGCAGUGCGCCGUUGACCUGGUCAACCCUACGGUUGACUGCGCGUACACUCUAGAGGAGCGGGAGGGGCAGGCUCUGGACCCGGACGUGGUGGUGCGAGCAAGGUUGCAGCAGGCGGGGUACUCCCCGCCUUGUGAGCCAUGCCUGCAGGCGCUGCACCGCUUCUGGUGUGGCCAGACCGUGCCCACUUGUGGCACUUUUGAGAAGAUCGUGGACGAAGUGCUGCCGGAGCUGCGCCAGAUUACGACUGGCCAGGAGAAGCCUGACGAGCUCAUUGAAGCCGCCCUCCCUCGCAUGCUCGCAGCUUUUUCUCUCGGGCUGCCCUGCAAAGAAAUGUGCCUCGAAGUCACCUCGCUCUGUAGCUGCGGGCAGAUCACCACCUUCGGGCAGGCGAUGGAGUUUUUGGAGGCUGCCCGUCCAGGCAAGGGGCCCAAUGUAAGGGUGCCCGUUGGAUUCACAACGGGGAUGUCGAAUCGGACGGCUGAGAAGAUCUUCAAGCAUGUGUGGGAUCGGCACGUCUGCGACCUCUUCUCUCCUUCAGAUAUGCCGGGUUUCGAGGGAAAGUGCUACAAGCAUACACGAGAGGAGGUCAUGGCGCAGGCAGGGGGCUGUGAUUGGUGCAAGGGAGAUGCGGACAGGCCUGAUGAGAUGGCGGUGGAGAUUGUGGCGCAAAUGGCACAGUCUAUAUCGAGUAUGAUGCAGGCUGGGUUGGAGCAGGUUCUCUUUGCCGCAGCCUUCCCCUUAGCUUCAGCUGAAGAGGAGGAAAGAGGGGGCGAGGAGGAAGCAACAGAGGCACCUACAGAGGGUGAAGCAGCAGCGGAGGAACGGGCAGAGGAGGAGGAGGUACAGGAGGUGGAGACAGAGGAAGCAGCGAUAGAAGCGGAGGAGAAGAAGGAGCUUGAUUUCGGGGGGAUUGACGAGGGAGAGGACAGUGCUGUGUCGUGGGAACCCCAAGAUCAAGUGCUGGGCACUGCUGGGGCUGCAGAUGUUAUGGGCGGCAUGGAGACAGGCGGGCGGACAGCAGGCGGCCGGGCGGCAGGGGGGUGGGCGGCCGGGGGAAGGGCUGGUGGGGGGAGAGAUUCUGGCGUGGUGAGGGGAGGAGGAGUGGAGAGAGGAGAAGCUGCGGCUGUGAUGGGAGGAAGGGAAGGGGGCAGGUCGAGUGGUGGGGAUGCAGGAGGGUCGGAGGGAGCAUUGCAGGGGGUUGAGAUGGGUGGAAGGGAAGAAGGCAUGGCAGGAGGAGGUGGUGAUGUGGGCUCACGUGGUUCGUCAGACAAGAGGGUGCGAGAGGAGGAUGCGGAGGACGAGGAGGAACGGGAGAUGGAGAAAGCAGAGGAGGAGGAAGAUGCUGCGGAGGCAAGGAGCGGCAGGAAUCCUGACAGCAGCAGCAGCAGCAGCAGCAGCAGAAGCGGUGGAGGCAGCAAUGCGGACUUUCCCCAGAGCAGGACCAGCCCGACAGUUGACCCCUCCUAUGAGCCUUCCGUCAACACGGAGUUCGGCGAGCCGUCUCUUUCCUCCUCCUCACCGUCAGCGGAAGUGCCGUUGCAAACCAACAGAGGGAGCAGCCAGGACGGGAGUGGGGGUUCGGUGUGGUUGGGGGUGCUGCUGCUGGUGGUGGUGGGUGGGGCGCUGGCAGCUUUUGCAGCAUUGCAGCUGAUGCGGAGGCAGAAGUGGAGACGCGCGGCUGAUGGCGGGACGUCGUAUGUGCAGGUGCAGGAGAUGGCGUAUGUGCCUCCCUCCCUCUGA